UCCAUGUUGAUUUUUUCACUAUUCAAUUUCCAGUUUUCCCUUGGCUUCGGCAGGCUUCAGUAUUUGAGUAUCGACGUCGAGACAUGUUUAUAUGAUCGUGCAGUUGGAGUACAGAUCGCAGUCACUUGUGAAUUGGACAGAAUAUAGUUUCGAUUUAUUUAUAAAAUAUUCUAGAAAGACUUAUUAUAAGUUACAGUACUUUAAUUUUGAAGGAAUAUGAGUCGUCAUCCAAAUACAGAUUACCAAAAAAAUUGUGAGCCUCAAGUAGAAUUGGAAAGUCAAUUUAUUUUGCGUUUACCACCAGAACCGGCGCGAGUUUUACGAGAAACACUACGGAAUGGAUUGUCUUUAAAAGAUAGAUUAAGUAUAAAACUGGAAAAUGAUAUGCGUUAUGGUGAGGCUAGAUUCGAUCAUUGGCUUCUUCAUGGGAAGGUUGUUGAUUUACCAACGAUUGUAGAAUCUUUAAAAACUAUUGAUAACAAGAGUUUCUAUAAAACUGCUGAUAUAUGUCAGAUGUUAAUUUGCAAAGAAGAAGAUGAUCAUACUACCACGGAUGAAGAGUCUCCAGUUAGGCAAAAGAAAAAAGAUCCUAAUAAAGUAGAUAAAAAAUUUCUGUGGCCACAUGGUAUAACUCCACCUACUAAAAAUGUAAGACGUAGAAGAUUUAGAAAAACCUUGAAGAAGAAAUAUGUGGAAGCUCCAGAAAUUGAGAAAGAAGUUAAACGUUUGUUAAGAGUGGAUAAUGAUGCAGUUAAUGUUAAGUGGGAGGUGAUAUGUGAAGAUGAAGAUCAAUCAAAACCGAGCAAAGUGUCGUCAUCUGGUACAGUGAAAACUAAGAGAGAAAGUAUCAAUGGCAAUACAUCUCAAAGUUUUGAUGUUGCGGAACAUGAUAUAUUUGGCGAACCUGUAAGUGAUAGUGAGGAAGAUGAUGAGGAAGCAAAUAUAAAUGUAAUGGAAUUGGAUGAGAAUAGUCGACUUUCUGCAGACAGUAGAGUAUCAGACUCUAAUUCUAUGCAAGCUGCAUAUUCAGAGAGGCCUAAUAAUAUUGAAGCAAAUAAUAGACUUUGCACAGUAUUCAGCAAAGAAAUGUUCCAAAGUGACAAUAAUAUGGAAACAGACGUAGAAAAAACAGAGGAUACAUCUAUAUCAAAAGUACCUAAAGUUGAACAAUUCCAUUCAGAAUAUAUCAUUUCAGAUAAUUUUUCAGAAUUACCUUGUGUUUCAGCAUUAAAAGAUUCAUUGCAAACACGUCUGGCGACUUUACACGCCGAAUUAGCUGAACUGCGUCAAAGAAGGCAACAACAAGAGCUUGCAAUAGCCAACAUUGAAAAUGUUAAAUUGAGGCAAAGACUUCAAGAAAUAUUGGAUAAUUUAUUAACGCAAGAAAUGCAAAAGGUUCAAGAGAUUCAAGACUUAGAGUAAGGAUAAUGUUGAUAUACAUAUAAUUAGAAUAAAUUAAAUAUUAUAAUCAAAAUAUCUAUUUACAUUUGUGAAGUUCCUUGCAAUAAGAGGCCAAAUCUAUCUAU